AGUGUCCCUUUGGGCGGGUGUUGUGCUGGCUCUGUCAGCCGAGCAUGGCCCCGGCUGCAGGACAACCCCGCUGGCGCCGCCGUCCUGCCGGGGCCGGAGUUGGGGGGAUGUCCUUGGCCUUCCCUGUGGGCCGGAGGCAAAUCCCCUGCCUGUCCUUCUUGCUUCCUGCCCCAGGCCCCGAGCUGAGGACGGAGAGCCCGGAGGACAAAUCCCCCCGUGAGACCCUGGUGGGAGAGGCCGUUUUGAAGGGCUCCCCGGCGCAGGAAGGCAGCGGGGAGGAAAAGGGCCGGAGAUCCCCCCACAGGAGGGGCUCCAAAGCCAUCCCAGGGUGCUCUGAGGAGGAAAGAGCCAGCCUGUGCCGGGAAGGUGGCCGGAGCUUGAGCCAGAGCUGUGACCUGGUGGACCCUGAGCAGCCUCCCAGCAGGGAGAAGCCCCUCAGGUGCUUGGAAUGUGGGAAGAGCUUCAAGAACAGCUCCCACCUGAUCCGACACCAGCAGAUCCACACUGGGGCACGUCCCUACACGUGUGGGGAAUGUGGGAAGAGCUUCAACCAGAGCUCCCACCUGUUCAAACACCAGUGCGUCCACACUGGGGAACGGCCCUACGUGUGUAAUGAUUGUGGAAAGAGUUUCAGUGACAGCUGUAGCCUGAUCCGACACCUGCACAUCCACACUGGAGAACGGCCCUACAUGUGUGGGGAAUGUGGGAAGAGCUUCAGCCGGAGCUCCCACCUGAUCCGACACCAGCACAUCCACACUGGUGAACGUCCCUACACGUGUGGGGAAUGUGGGAAGAGCUUCAGGAGCAGCUCCAGCCUGAUCCAACACCUGCACAUCCACACUGGGGAACAUCCCUACCUCUGUGAGGAAUGUGGGAAGAGCUUUAGCAACAGCUCCAACCUGAUCCAACACCAGCACAUCCACACUGGGGAACGUCCCUACCUCUGUGAGGAAUGUGGGAAGAGCUUUAGGAACAUCUCCAGACUGAUCCAACACCAGCACAUCCACACUGGGGAACGUCCCUACCUCUGUGAGGAAUGUGGGAAGAGCUUUAGGAACAGCUCCAGACUGAUCCAACACCAGCACAUCCACACUGGGGAACAUCCCUACCUCUGUGAAGAAUGUGGGAAGAGGUUUCACACCAGCUCACAUCUCCUCAGUCAUGAGUGGACGCACACGGAUGAGAGGCCCUUCCGCUGCAACGACUGUGGGAAGGGCUUCAAGCGCAACUCCACCCUCGUCACCCACCGGCGCAUCCACACCAAGGAGAGGCCCCACAAGUGUGGGGAGUGUGGGAAGAGCUUCACCGACAGGUCUACCCUAAGCAGUCACCAGCGCCUCCACACUGGGGAACGGCCGUACAAAUGCUUGGAAUGUGGAAAGAGCUUCACCAAGAGCUCUAACUUGACCAGACACCAACGGACCCACCGGUAAGCGAAGUCCUA